AUGUCGGCCAAGAAAAACUCCAACGUCCCUCCAGAAUUUAUUAAUGAGCUUCUUUAUGUCAAUUUCCAGAGUAUGCAGGUGGGCUCACAUUGUUAUGUAAAUAAGCCACAACUUUUGCAGUUCUUUGUUCUUUAUGAGUCUGUCAGUUUUCUUUCAUUUCCUGAUGACUCUGCGUAUCUCUUCUCAGAAGCUGGGGGAUCCAGUUCUAAGACCAUUUCUUCAGAUCCAGUAAUAAGACCAUUAUUAACUGCAUUUCCAUCCAAGAUUAAGUAUGAGUGGAAGCAGCAUCUUGAGGCUUGGAAAUAUGGGUCUGGUUUAGAUUACAAGCUGUAA